AUGGAUCCCAACCAAGUCCAACCUGAUCGCAUCGGAUCUAUCGAUCUCAAACUCCUCAGAUCGGACAAAUCGAUCACGACAAGAGAGGUCGUUAAUUUCAAUAAACGCUCCCGUACCUUGCGGGGAACGAUUAACAGUCACACCAUCACUGCAUUCGAAGAUGCACCACAGAAAGGGGAAAUCUUGACUUUCCACGAGCAUGAAACUGUAAAGCUCGAUAUGCCCCAUGAUGACGCCUUAGUGAUCGCGUUAGAAGUAGGAGGCGUCGCCCUCUCGAAAAUUCUCGUCGAUACCGGAAGUGCUGUUAACGUCAUUUCACAAGAAACGCUACGGUCGCUCGAACAACCGGCCCCAAAGAUCAGACGGGAAGCGAACCCCCUCGCCAGUUUCGAAGGAAGGUCGAUCCUUUCACUCGGGGUCGUGUUAUUAACUAAGAAAGCUUGUAACCUAAGGCGAAAAACAUAA